AUGGCCAUCAUGUUUACGUGCCAAUUGGCAUUUAUUCUCUUUGGAUACGAUCAAGGAGUAUUCUCAGGAAUCGUAGGCAAUGACGAUUUCCUCGAGAUCGUACACCAUCCCAGUGCGGGAAUCCUAGGAAUCAUCGUGUCGAUAUACAACCUAGGCUGUUUCUCCGGUACGAUCGUAUCAUUCAUGACGGGUGAUCGACUAGGGCCACGUAAAUCGAUGUGGUUUGCAAUGAUUUGGAUUAUCGUCGGAGCAACCCUCCAAACAACGGCCUUCUCACGCGCCCAACUACUAGUAGCCCGCUUCAUCACGGGCAUUGGCACCGGUAUCGAAACGACCACCGUCCCCGUAUAUCAGUCCGAACUCUGCGAAGCCAAGAAACGAGGCAAGUACGUGAGUAGCGAGCCGUUGUUCGUCGGGGUCGGUAUCGUGAUUGCAUACUGGUUCGACUAUGGGAUGUCUUAUGUGCCCGGCGCGAUCAAUUGGCGUCUUCCCAUCGCCUGUCAGAUGAUUUUUGCUAUUAUGGUUAUUUUGUUGGUUUUUGGUCUACCCGAGAGUCCACGCUGGUUAUACAGACAUAACCGGCCCGAGGAGGCGGUGCAAGUUCUAUGUGAUGUGUAUAACAUGCAACCCGAUGAGCCCAAGGUUGUAUCCGAGUCGGAGGGGAUCCUGGACGCCAUUGAGCUUGAGACUCUACAUGGUGAAUAUAAGUGGUCGCAGAUUCUCACGAGGGAUGAGGUUCAAACUGGAAAACGUGUUUUGUUGGCUUAUGGGAUUCAAUUCAUGAAUCAGAUGGGCGGUAUCAAUCUGGUUGUCUACUAUGUGACUUCGGUCUUGCAGUACAAUGUUGGUUUAGACCGAAAACUGAGUCUGCUUCUCGGAGGAGUGAUUCAGAUUAUGUUCGUGAUAGGCUCCUUCUAUCCAACGUUCUUCUCCGACAAAUAUGGCCGUCGCCAACCAAUGAUGUGGGGAUCCUUCGGUCUCUUCAUAUGCAUGAUGAUGAUUUCCAUUCUCCUCUCAUUCAAGGGAACAUCCAUCGAAAAGCCAACGGCCUCCGCCUCGGUCGCUUUCUUCUUCCUCUUCAUGCUCAUCUUCGGUGCCUCCGUCAACUGUAUCCCGUGGGUGUACGGACCGGAAAUCCUACCACUACACGUACGAACAAAAGGACAAGCCAUCGGCAUCUCCGCAAACUGGCUCUGGAAUUUCUUCGUGGUCAUGAUCACCCCGACUUUAAUUGAAAAUCUGGCUUGGAAGGGAUACCUGAUUUUUAUGUGUUUAAAUCUUGCUUUUGUCCCAAUUGUCUACUUCUUCUACCCCGAAACAGCAAAACUCACACUCGAAGAAAUCGAUUUUCUCUUCACUGACCGCGCGAGACAUCCAUCUACGCGGGGGCGUGUUGAUGUCAGUGGUGAUGCUGGCGAUGCUGGCAACAAGAGCGGAAGUACCGGUCCAGUUGAAGUUCGGGAGGAUCAUGUCAAGGAAGAAAUUUAG